CGCGCUGAGGGAGAGGAGAGCGAGCGAGGUGUCUCGUGCGGAUUUCACUGACAAGGCGCGUGGAGGACUUUGCAAUUAAUCCUCGCUUAUUUGUAUAUAUUUAAAUAUAUAUAUAUAUAUAUAUAUAUAUAUAUAUAUAAUUUUUUGGGUCAGAUUUCCAAAAGAAAGAGAGAAAGAAAGAAAGAGAAAGAAGUGCCUGGAGAAGAGAGGUGGGGGAGGAAUAACCAAAACGCAACACGUAUCCGGUGGGAUCCCACUCCUGAGAGAGAGAGAAGCGGCUGGAGUUGGAGCGAAGGGUGCAACGAAAGAAGAGAGGGAGAAAGAAAGAAGAAGAAGGAGAAGAAGAAGAAGAAGAAGAAGAAGAAGGGGGGAAGCUUUGACAUUUCGCUCGUAACAACACGUUUGAAUUAAUAAAGCGGAAUAAUGAGGAACGUUUGGAUAAUUUUGACCCUCGGGCUGUCCGUCUUCCUCUCCGGGGAAAGGAUAGCAGAAGCAGCUAAGACUUCCUCUCAGGUUGAUGACUUGUACCUGGAUGACACAGGCUCAGGAGGUUACUACCCUGAAGAUGAUGAUGACUUUAACUCAGGGUCUGGCUCAGGUGGAGGUGAAGUAGAGAUUGUGGAAACGGUGACUGUCAGUAUGGUUUAUAUCGAGCCCAAUGCAGCAGAACCCACCCAGGACUCCACCAAAGAUUUCACCCCCCGGGUGGAGACAGCCACGGUCAGAGAAAAGGCCAGGACCAGCACACCCAAGAAACCAUUCAGAACAGAGGCACCAGUGCCAGUUACAGAGGACAUGCAGAGGAACCAGAUGACUAGUACGACUGGUGCCCCCGGCUCGCCCCAGGAGGUCCAGGUUCGCACUGAAAACCUCUUCCAGAGGACGGAGGUGUUGGCAGCCGUUAUUGCAGGUGGCGUGAUCGGCUUCCUGUUCGCCAUCUUCCUCAUCCUCCUCCUGGUCUACCGCAUGAGGAAGAAGGAUGAGGGCAGCUAUGACCUGGGAGAGAGGAAACCCUCCGGCGCAGCCUAUCAGAAGGCCCCAACCAAGGAGUUUUAUGCAUAAAAACCCUGCCCUCCCCGUCACCAGAUUGACAAAUCGCGAGUGACUGCCAAAAAACGCAGUCCAUGCAAAACAGUAAACCUGCUCAAACACAACAAGAAACAACAACAAAAUUUUACAAAGUUGAUUAAGGAAAAAUAGCAUAAAGGAAAGCUUUUGAAUAGAGUAUUGUAAUUAAGACCUUUUCUUUCUUCUUUUUAAAAAAAAAAUAUGAAAACCAAGCAUUUCUCGUUUUACGGCAAAUCUCAGUGUAUUUAAACAUUUUGUGUAUUAUUUGAAAAGGCUCAAGAAAAAACCCAAUGAAAACAGGAUCUGUAAAGGCGAGGAAGCUGAUCGCAUCUGUCUUCUGUCAAAGGAGCUUGUUUUUAGUCGCUGACUACUUUUAACUGUAGCAGUAUGUUAUUUGUAAAGAAAAACAUUUAAAAGUGGAAAUAAUUGAAUAUAAUUAUUCUGUAUCAAUCCUACUUUCAUUUUUUUCUUUUUAUUUUGUCUUAGCAUGUCUGAUGUUGAUCUCUAAAGGUGUAUUACAUUAAUUUAUCUUUUCUCUGAUGUUAAAAAAAAAAUGCCUUUGUAGUUUUGAUGAAGCUCUUUGGUCUUCAUAUUAAUGCUGUUAACGGUCAAUGUAAAUGUUCUCCCUUCAGGUUACAAUGUUUAUUUUUUGCUCUCACAUCAGUUUUUAGUCAAAACGUGAGCGUUUCAUUAUGUCUUGUUUUUAUUUGUUUUGUUUUAUUCUCAGUGUAGCCUUUUUUUCUCUCUCUCCAUUUUAUUUUCAUACCCAGGAAUUGGUCUUCAGAAGAUGACAAAAAAAGUGUGUCAGGGCUCGAGAAAAAUCACAAAUCUUGUUUCUUUUCUAUGUCUCUAUUUAAAUGCAUUCUCUUUCACAUUGCACAUUCACUGCUCUUGCUUCCCACUGCUGUCGUGCAGCUUGUAUGUAGUGUUUUGGGGUGAAGUUCCUUCUCUGUGGCUUGUGUUUUUUAAUUUUUUUUUUCCAGCCACCUCCCCACUGUGUCCCUCGAGUUUACUGACUGCACCGGCCCUCUGCUAGCACCCUUACAUCUCCUUUCCCCUCCUCCCUUUCUCUCUGUUUACACUAACCCUUUCUCACUCCCACCUUCUUUUUAGUCAGAUUGGAGCACGGCCAGUUGAGCUGUCAAUCCUGCCCCUCUAAACAGCACUCUCUUUUUCUCACUCAACUGUAUGCAGCCACCCGGGUGGCCUGCUGUUUUUGUCUGUGUCCUAGUGUUGAUGCUUUAGGCCCAAAGAUCUGCUCAGUGAAGGCCUGCUACUGCUCGGACACAAACAUGCCAGGCCUGGGCUGAAUCCCCACAUGCAGAGCAAAUACCUCUGCAGCAAACAACAGCAGAACCCCUCUCUACAAAAACUAGCAUGACUACCUAUUGAUGAAUAAGUCUGCACAGAAAAUGUAAGACUCCAGUGUUACAAUUAGUCUUUGACAAGACACUCACACUGAGGGCGAUUUGCGUUUUUUUAGUGGUCAGUGAAGGCAUUUCAAAAAAGCUUUAGUUGUGCUUGUGGUUUGCUGCCUGUUGAAAAAAUGUGGUUGUUUACCAGGUUUAAAACCUACACAAUGUUUCCAUGCCACUCUGUAUUCCCAAAUGAUUUCAAAUGAUUAAAACGCCGCAAAAUCGCAGCUGUGAAAUAGCUACAUCACAUGAAAGUAAAAGUCACAUGAUCAAAAGAUAUUGUCUGUCACCUUCUUAUUUUUAUGUCGGCAUUAACUUGGUCUGAAGAGACACGUGCGUUUUGUCCGGCCGGUUGUGAAGUUGCCUUUUUCAGCUGUACAGUAAUGUGAAGUAGAUAGGGUAGCUUGAUGCUGUCACAUCGUCUAAACUCCUAACAUCCCUCGUGUUCCUCUUCUCUCCUUUCAGUCUGAUCCUUUUGUUGUCCACUUCUAUCCUCUUUUUUUUUACCAUCUCUGUUAUCCUUUCAUAGGACCUACGGUACUGAACUAUACUGAAAACCCAAAGACACACAGUAUUUCUACUCCCACCAUCUUCUCAUACCCACCACCCUCUACCAUGGCCACAUCAUGUUGUUUCCUCUUUUUCUUCUUCACUCUUUUUUAGUUGUUUCUCUCUUUCUCUCUCUAUUAGAGACCUGACCUUUGAGUCCAAUUGCUUAUUAGUAUAUGAAAAGAUAUAUAAAUAUAUAUAAAUGUAUAUUCACAAAUGUUUUAAACCUUCAAAGUGCCUACCAUUUGGAGAUGUACUUGCUCAAGGUGAGCAUGUGGCGGGUGUGUACACAAAGGAGGGGUGUAAACGACUUGACUGGCAUUCUGUGUGCAUGGAUGACUGUAAUGGUAACUUUUUUUUAGUCUUACAAAAGCUGACAGUAUUGUAUCUAUAAGUUGAAACAACACUACUGAAUAAACAUUGUGGCCUAAUA